AUGAACCAAUCACUCUCAUUCAAUUUACUCACCUACCUACUAUUGCUAGCACAACGCACCGUAUCGUACAAGGACGAAGAGUAUUGUAGCAUCUGUAGGGAUCACGUCGCAUGUGGAAACGUUGGCACGCUGCAUGGAAACUGCUCGAAGUAUAUUAACGUAAGCCUUACUAUUCUCACCCAUUAUCAGCACCAGAUACUGGAACGUGCGAAUGAUUUGCGCCAAACGUUCGCUAUGGGCCAUUUGCCCGGUUUCAACGAAACGUUCGGACCGAUGCACUCCGUCACGUGGGACCCGGAAAUGGCGGACCUUUGCCGGAUGAACCUUAACACGUGUAACUUUGCUCACGACAAGUGCCGCGGUACGCUACGGUUCCCGUACAGUGGGCAAACGCUCGGCAAGCUAACCAAAUGUGUAUCUGCUGCGAACGUAGAUAGUUUGAAGAUACGGGUGCUCCCGCACGUUAUCCUGCAUCUGAUCGACCGUUGGUAUCUGGAGCAUGAAGUAACGAAACCUUCGGACGUGAAGCAUUACUCUCAACAUUCAUCCGCCCGUAAAUUCCAGAUCGGACACUUUCUGCAGCUAAUCAACUGUAACGUGUGUCGUAUGGGUUGUUCACUACUCUCAUACCGGGAGCACCGUAAGCACCUAGUGUGCGAUACGUAUAUCCUCUGCUGCAACUACUCCUACAUCAACAUCGUCAAUCGACCGAUCUGCAACGUUAACCGGUACGAGAAGACGUGCAAGAAGGAUAAUAAAUUUCCCGCCCUCUGUGAACACUGUCACCUCUAGCGUGAGUGAUAUCGCAAUAAAACAAC